CAGAAAAGCAGCAGAACACGGAAUCCGAAGUCGGGCAUCACGUACGGGGGACUCGCUGCUUGGAAAAACGCGGAAAAUCGCCUCCAAAGUGUCGGGAAAGUGUUAGUUUUUGCAUGGAUGUGAACCCUCGGCGCAGCGGACAUUUUGCCAAUUGCAAAAGUUGUAAAAAUCGGCGCAGCCACGGAUAAAUUUUCGUAUUUUCGGAUUGUGUUUACAUGAGAAAAAAGUGCUUGCCAGGAGGGAGUGCGCGACGGUCGUAUCGUCUGUCUCUAUCGAGAGUGCACUUGUUUACCCGAUGCUGUUGCACGGGCGCUGAUCGGCUAUCCUACUCGCAUCGGAGGGCCUGCCUGGGCCGGCCAGUUGAGAGAGCAAGGUCGACGUAGUGCUGGCACUCGUGCUCGUGUGGCGCCAUCCCUCUUCAUCCCACGGACUAGUCGGCUCGACAUACGCUCAGUGGCCGUGAUUUGGUCCGCGCGCCUCAAGUGCACGGAACAUUUCGUUGGCAGGAUGCGUGUCUAGCGUGCGUGAGGCGACGACCGAGUGAAAGUUGUGGAACGAGAAAGUGGCCGGCGCGCAUGUUUCCGCGGCCGAACUGAUUGCGUGUGCGGCGCGAGAACGGGACAGAGCGGACUCAAGUGUCAGCCAGACUCGAUUCUGUUUACGAUUUAUGACAUUUGGGAAAGAGACAGGUGCUCGGUGUUGAAGUGUGUGAGUGUUUAUUUUUCGUGAACUGCUCUGGAGGGCACGUACCGCCGUCCUGGUCGUGUCGCGCUGCUUCUUUGUGCAUAUUUUGGAGACGGCAUGAAAACCCGCCAAGUGAGCUCGCAGCUUCCGUUAAAUUUAUUUGGAUAUGUGAUCAAAAUCAUAGCUCGGCCGUGAGUGUCCUCUUCGAAUUCUUCUAAAUUCAAUAGCCCCAAAAUGGAGACGGAAACAUUAAUGCAAGUUGAAGAGGAACGCCCUGCAACUCCGCCCGAAAAUAAUGAUCUGCAACUUCACGAUCAGCAUGAUGAGUCUACUGCAUCAGAUCAAAAAGAAGAGUCCCAAGACUCUUCACAGUCAGAUCUCCCGGCAAACGAUAUCAAGGAGGAGAAAGUCCAAGAAGAUAACGAAGCAGAUGAGGAUCCAGCAUCAAGUAAUGCCGAUAUAAAAGAUGAAAUUAAGUCGGAACCAGACCAAACUUCGCAACAGUCUUCAGUAAAUGAAGACGCUGGUCUUAAUGUUAAAUCAGAAAGUCAAACAAGUGUCAAUAACACAUCUUCUUCCCCGUCGGAAUCUCAAUCGUCCUCAGGAUCGAACAUUUUAACAGAUAUUCCUUUAAGGCAUAAUCCUUCUGUUGUAAUUGUACCUUUAAAGUCAGUGACGAAUGGCACAAUACCCAAGUCAGGAAAGCCUUUCAUGUCGGCUAUCAAUCCAAAAUUGAAUAAGCCACGGGGGCGACCGAAACGCAGUAAGGCACUGGUUGCAAUGUACCAAAGUGAGAUCAGCGAUAAUAAGGUUGGUAUUAAGUUGUGCAUAAAAAAAUCUGAUACGUCGCAGUCAAAGAGCAAACCAAGUCGAAAACGAUCUCGAAAAUCAAAACACCGAAUUAACACCGACAGUGAUGAUUCUGAGUAUGAGAAACGGAGGCGGAAGGAAAAAUCUAAUAAUAAUACAGAUAAACACAAAAAAACGGAAAGAGAUUAUAAGGAACCGGAGAAACAAGGUGUCUGGGGAGAGGCGCUACCGGAGAAUGUUUUGUAUAAAGUUUUCCAAUAUCUAGUGCAACAGGAAGGUUGUCUUCCAACAUUGUAUCGUGUGGGUCGGGUGUGCAGCCUGUGGAGAAACGUUUCACUGUAUCCUUCGUUAUGGACGAGUCUAGACUUGAGUACGUGGAUUAAAGAGAAGUAUCACACAGAGGAUAAGCUGAAAUGGUUCAUUAGCAAUCGUCUAAGCAAAUGCAAGGAAUUAAAUGUUUCAACAUGGAAAAUCGGUGAUGUACAGUGUGUUCUGGAAAAAUUAGCAGACGCUUGUCCCGAUUUGGUGGGAAUAAAUCUUUCAGGUUGGAAGGGUUUAACGUCGGAUAAUCUAAUUUAUCUGGUGGAAAAUUUAAAAAAGCUCGAAAGGCUUGAUCUCAGCUCAAUAAACAUUGAAAUGAAUUCAAACAAAAGUGCUGUAGGUCUUCAGUCACUGUGCAAUGCCAUUCAGGUCAUCGAUGGAAGGUUAACGCAUUUACAUUUAGCGCAUAAUAGAUUGGCAGGAAUCCCUCAAAUUGUGAAGACGCUUUCGACGUAUUGUCCGAACCUUAUGCUUCUGGACCUGUCGAAUGUUCGUACUAUAGCGGUAUCCCACGCAGUGUUACACGUUGAAAUGCUUCAGCAGGGCUGUCAAAAGUUGAAGAUUUUACGUAUUACCAACUCUCAUAUGACACUGAGUUCGGCAUCAUUACAAGAACAGAUGGACUCACCCGGUUUUCCCGAAUUGGAGGAAUUAUCAGUUGCUUCACUGGCGAACGAGUCGAGAACAAUAAAUGAUGAGUUCUUGCAGCGAAUUCUCAAACAGAGUACAAAACUAAAGCUAUUAGAUGUGCGAGGUUGUGCUCGUCUAACGCAUGAUAGUUUGAUACGAUUACCUGCAUGGGAUUUGAAGCAUUUGUUUUUGUCAGGGUGCUCAGUAACACGUGAUUUUGGGUCUGGCUUGGAGCUAAUCGCAUCUAAGUGGGCCCAUAGCUUAAUCGAGUUUGAUUUGGCGUGGGCAAAUGUACAGGAGCCUCUAGACAACGCACUACGUGCAAUUGCAGAGAAAGGUGCAGAAUCGGCAUUAAUGCAUUUAAACCUAUGCGGAUCAUCUGUCUCUGAAGACGCUGUGAAGGAGAUUUUGGCCAAUUGUCCGAAUUUGAAUUCCAUCAAUUUGGCAUCAUGUCGCGGUCUUCCCCGUGGAGUGAAACGUCUAAUACAAGGACCGACAGAAAUUCAAGAACUUCGUGAUGUGCUAAAAGUAACUUUAAAAGUUAUGCCACCCGUAAAGAGCGAAGAGAAGAUGACGAGCGAUUAGACGAUAAGCUAUGAAAAUUAAAGAAAAAGAAACAAACUGGUUGAGAGACAAACAGAAUUAUGUUUUUCUUUUGUAACUUAGACUAUGGAACGUUAGUUUACUUCUGAGAAAUUCUUUCUUAACGGCCUGCUGGUAAGGCGCCGAAGUUUUUGAUUAUCUAAGCAAUUAGUUGUUAGGAUAAAAAUUUAAAUUAAUUUAAAUAACUUAGGCUGUAAGUGAAGAAACGUAAAUAUUAUAUCCAUCUUUUUAUAAUUUUGUUUCUACAUAUUUAAGUUGUGAAAGAUAACUUCAUUUCUAUCGUAUCCCGUUAUAUUAUAUUCCUUUUGAUAAACUGUAAAGUAAAAUUAUAAUAAAAUAUAAUGUUUCAAUGAAAGAGAGAUGAUAUUACAAAAAGACCAACAUCGUGAUAUAAAAAAAAAACAAAAAUUCUAUUGUACGUUCAGUUCAUUUCAAGAAAUCAUUUCGAAAGUAUA